AAUAUGUAUCACAUAAUGAAUGAAAACGAGAAGUUGGGAUUAAUUGUAGCUUCAUUAUGUCAUGACCUGGAUCACAGGGGAACAAACAAUUCUUUUCAAACAAAAACUGGCUCAGCUUUGGCCACACUUUAUGGGACUAAUUAUAGAGAAGUGAUUCAUAUAAUCGAGUCGUGCAUUCUUUCCACCGAUUUAGACCAAUAUUUUCAAAAAAAGAAUAAAUUUGAAGAAUUGGUGAAAAGAGGUGAACAGAGUUGGAGUGAUGUUUGCACUAAAGACUUGAUAAGAGGAAUCCUGAUGACUGCCUGUGAUAUAAGCGCCACAUUCAAGCCCUGGCACAUCCAGAAGCGAGUGGCCGAACUAGUGGCUCACGAAUUCUUUGAGCAAGGUGAUCUCGAAAAGGAGAAACUCAAUCAAAUGCCCAGCGCUAUGAUGGAUAGGGAGAGGCAACACGAACUGCCGCUAAUCAGGCAGGUCACUUUCAUCGAUCUCAUAUGCCUUCCCGUUUAUAAGAUACUAAGCGAGUGUUGGCCAACACUUCUUCCGUUAUACAAAGGAUGUCUUGAAAACAGGAAUCAAUGGAAACGAUUAUCUGAUGAAAAUGUUUCAAUUGUAAGUAUGAUUUCCUUAUUAUCAAAUGCGACUACUUUUAAAAUUAUAAUUUUAUCAUUACAAUACACA